AUGAAUCCUGACGGUGAUACUAUUACCGAUGAAUAUAUCGUCACGGCCCUUCAGAUUUUCAAUUAUUGUGGUGCGGAUAAUUCAAGUACAUUGCGAGUUGAUGUGCUGAUGGAUAAAUUCGCGCCUUUCAUUAAAACUAAUAAGGCUGAGUACAGCUAUCUUAAAUCUCUGUUGGACCCAGACCAAAGCAACCCUGAAAUAAGUGUGUCAGAGUUGGCAGCUACUUUAAAUAAAUAUAGUGAGAGUCAAAAAGUAAAAGCUGAUUUGGAUGAAAGCUUCAAUCUAAGGAGUGGACAGGUACCACACGAUUCUGACUCUGGCAUAUCUACUGAUGGUUUCCAACUGUUAGAAGAAUUGCAAUGCGAGCUGCGCGAGAAGUCUCACGCGGUCCAGCAGCUGCGCACGCAGCUCGAUUACUCGGACCGCCAUCAUGAGGAGGCGCUGGCGGCGGUGACUGCUGAGAGGGACACUUUGAGGGCACAUCUCAAUAUGUUGCGUGAAGAGUCAACAGUGUUGACGGACGUCCGCCGCGACUACGAAGAGGCGUGCGAGCGCCUGUGCGACGCCGAGCGCGCCCGCGACGACGUCCGCCGCGACCUCGACGCCACUAGGAGGCGGGCGCGCGUGCUCACCGAACAGGUCGCCGUGUUGGAGACUGAGAAACUAACUCUGCAAGAGCUGCUGUCGAAGUCCAAGGACGAGUGUCACCGUAUAAACGACAUGUACGCGAGCAGACAGUCCACGCUGCUGGAGGAGAACGAGACGCUGCGGGCGGAGCGUGCCGAGCUCGCCGCGCGCCUGCAAGACCAGGACGAGUUCAUGCAGCAGCUUAUAAAGGAGAAGGUCCUUCUAGAAAUGGAGCUUAAGGACAUGUUGAACAAAUCUAACCAGACCCAUCUUCGCAUGGACCGUUCCAUAGACAUCAGCUACACGGAGGACCAGAUGUUAACAGCUUUGGAUAGUCUCAAUGCUGAUAGCAGAUUUGUUCAAGAAGGCCGUCUGCUAGAUGAAGAAGCGUUCGUAAAAGCGCUCAAAGAGGACCAAGGGAGGGCAACAAACAUGUCCCUAUACGACGAAAUAAGAUUAAGUUUCUGUAACAUGUCCAGACAUAACCUAACUGAGCUAAAUAUUACGGAGCCCUUUGAUAAAACGUCGGAAUUACUGGACACAUCACUGAUAACUGUUGCGACACAAACUGAGAACGUGAAAGAUAUGUGUCAGAAAUGUAACCGUGCAAAAGUUGAUGAUAUUUUAGUAAUUAAUUUUGGGACGCAAACAGAGGAAUGUGGACUUUCUAUCCUAAGCAAUAAAGACGAUAGCGGCUCAGCUAAUGACUAUAAAAAAAUUGCGAAUUCAUACAACACAUACGAUAAUGAACCUUGUAUUAAAUGGUUUAGAGAUCAAAUUGAAACUAAAAAUCAAUCAACCAAUACGAAUGUUUUCGUUCUACAAGUGUUCAAAGAUAUAGAAGUAAUGAAUAUCGGUACUCAAACGAACGAUUUAGAACCUUAUCUUAAUAAUAAUAACUUACAAACUUGCAUUGAUUGUUCGAAAUGUAUUGAGUGCGAGAGAGCAAAUAAAUAUGUCACUAAGUUAGAAAAAGAUUUAAAACAUUCUCAUAGCGCUAUUGUAGAUAUGCAAAAUGUGUUAGAUAGAUAUGAAGAUAAUCUAAACGUUCUAAAGAGGUUUGUUAACGAGGGAAAUGAAAGGAAUACUUUUUUAAAGUCAGUAAUAGAUAGUCUAAGAGCCAAACUCAUUUUAUUGGAACAAACGUGUGAUAGUCAAAGAGAUAGCAUCCAAGAAAUGUACAGUGAAACUUGUUCGACUGAAGUACAGACUGAAUGUGACCAAUCAUCAGUAUCAACUCAGACGGAGUUGCCCUGUGGGGAUUGCGUGAAACAUAACACCAAACAUCAUAGUCUAAGAAGGUUUUUAUGGGAGCCAUUGAAGUGCCUGUUCCAAGUGUUCGCAGUGCUGUGUUUCGCGAGCGCCCUCUACGCGCUGUACGCGGUUAGUGGCGUCCGGCGUGCCUGCCGUGAGCCGCUGCCCUGGCGCUGGCUGCAGCCCCACGACCUGCUCGACCUGUUCCUCACUGUCCAGUACGUGGAUCACGUGCCCAUG